AUGCGCGUCUCCCAACCCCUCUCGCUCGCACGUACGCUCCCCCGCCGCCUCCUAGCGCCAGCCGGGACACCAACUGGCGCGGCAUGCCCCGGCACGUCGUCCAAAACCGUGCCGCAAAAACCCAAUCCCCUUCCACCCGUGCGAUACCAUAUCUUCCGCUCGCCGCUGCCGUACCCCCAAGGCCUGGAGUUGCAGCAUCGCGUCAUUGAGGGGCGUCUGCAGCGGCGCGAGCGGGGGGAGAGCUCGGCGCAGGAUGUCAUGUUCUUGCUUGAACACACCCCAACCUACACCACAGGCCGCCGCGACAACUCGCCCAACCCCGAUACUCUCCACCCCGAGGAGGAAAAGGUGCAGGAUGUCGGUGCGGGCUUCUACAUCACCAAGCGUGGUGGACAGGUGACGUACCACGGCCCGGGGCAGAUUGUGGGCUACCCCAUCCUCGACCUCACAGCCAUGGGCACGCCGACCCGCUGUUACGUCGAGUACCUCCAGUCCCUGCUGCGCGAGUAUGCCGAGGACCUCGGGCUGGAGGUGGUUGCGCCGCACGAGGACGGGCACGUCGGUGUGUUCCGGGGACGUGACGAGAAGCUCGCCUCUAUCGGCAUCCACCUUCGUCACCGCAUCACGUCCCACGGCUUCGCGAUGAACGUCACUCCCGAGCCUGUGCCUUGGUUCGACCUCGUCACGGCGUGCGGCCUGGCGGAUGUGCGCGCCGUGAGCAUCUCACAGCUCCUCGAGCGACAGGGCAAGACUGGGCCGAGCGUGGCCGAGUGCGCGGCCGCCCUGGUGCCCCGCUUCGCGUCGACAUUUGGCCGCGAGUUUGUACCCCUCGACGCGCCGGCUGAGGGCAAGACGGCGGGCGAGAUCGAGGCGAUCAGGGAUAUCGUUGCGGACAUCACGGCGCAGGCGGAGAAUGCGGAGAAGGAGGCUGGCGGGUGGCCGACGAGGCCGCGCGUCAAGGCCCAGUAG